AGUCAGAUAAUGACGUUGACAUGUGAAAGCAGGACUUGGAAACACAGGUGUCCUCACUAAAUGCUCAAGUAAAGACCAUGACACACAAACUGUCUCAGGCAGAGAAGGCAGUAACAAGGCUUGAGGCAGAAGUGGAAGAGAAGGAAUGUCAAUGUACAUCAUAUUACAAUACCCUGGAGCAUAACAAAGAAGAAAUGAUGGAACUCAAGAUGGAGAUAGAAAGUCUGCGUUUAGCUGAAACUGAUCCAGCCAAGAAAGGAAAUUCUCUCUUGCUGAAGUUGAAGAUCAAAGGCAGGCCAUGGAGAAGAAGCUGUUAUCCUACAAAACAAAUUAUAAUGUUGUCAAAAAACAGUAUGACCUCAAGACUGAACAGAUUAACAAAAUGAAGUUACAACUGGCUUCUUUGACUGAGCUUAAAUAGCAGUAAAGCAGACACUGAAUACUUGAAUCAUCUGGAGGAAUCACUAACCCUGGCACGCACUCAGCUGGCUGAUUCUGGGAAAGGUGCCGUGAUCUUGAGGCCCAGCUGAGUGCAGUGGUCAACCCUCAGAUGGAUUCUGGUGAAGGUGAAGAAAACAAAGAGACAUUCUUCAAGGGGAUGUAUUUAGAGAGUCAACAAAAACUUACUGACCUUGAGCAGGAGUUACAGAGUGCAAGAUUUGAUAAAGUUGCACUAAGUGACCGAAUAUUACAAUUACAACGGAAGCUUCGUCAGGCAGAGGUCACAAGAGAUGCCUCCAAUUCAGAAGCCAUCAGGUUGCGAGUCAAGUUGGAGGAGAUGGCAAUAAAGAAGGGUGAAAAGAUGGAUCGUGAGUCAAAGAAUCUGAAGCAAAUAGUGGAAAAGAUUCCAGGUUUCCAGCCUGCAACCAAGCAACCAGAAGAAAUGCAGCAGCCUCCACAGCUACCAGCAGCUGAAGAGACCAUGCCUUUGAAGGAAAAGUUAAUCGACAGAAACACACUACAAGAAGUUGAUAAAGAAAUUGCGAAAACUGAGAAAGAGUCAGAAGAAAAUGAGGAUUCAGAAAAUGUAGCACCAGCUCCAGAACCCGAGAUGAAAAAGAAAGCAAAGAAAUCUGUUCGUAUGAUGGAAACAGUUGCUGUUCAAGAGUGUGAUGGACAGGUACAGGAAGCAGAGAUGAAAAAAGAGGAUGGACUUGCAAAAGCAGAACGAAAGAAAAAGGUGUUAAGGAAGUUGGAGGCGCCUGUGGUGAAAGUUGGCAAUGGAGGCCAACCCAAUGAAUGUAAUCAGCAAUAAAUUUGUGUGUUUGUGUGUGUGUGUCUGUGUGUGUGUUUGUAUUUGUGUGUAAAUAAAGAUCCUAAAUACAUUUUAACAGAAUAUGCAUAAUAUCUAUGCAGAAAUAUAUACAGAACAAAAGACUGAUGUUCAGUUAAUUUUCCGCCAAUUUUGCAAUGUUUGCUGGUCAUUCUCUCCUGAAAAUAAUAGUUUUCAUAAUCCUGUACCAAAAGAAAAAGGAUUAGAUGUGUAAAUAUGAUAUGUCUUUCUUUUUUUUCUUUCUUCUUUUUUUUUGGUUGGUUGUUAGGUAAGAACUAUUGUAUUUUGAUACAAAUGAUUGUGUUAUGCCUGAUAAUCUGAUUCUUCACCUUUUAAUAUCAUGUGUAAUCUUUAUUUGUAUUAUAUGUAUAUUGUUAACUUUGUAAUUUUAGUUGCCUAUUCAUUCAUUCUACUGAAAAACAACUAGAUACUAUUUCUGCAUUCAGUAGUUUAGGAAAGUAAUAGCUAUAAAUAGUUAUAGAUAGUCCUUGAUGAAGUGGCAAUAUUCAUUGUAUAAAUUUCAAAUUCAUUUUGGAUGGUUAUCCAAGGAGCAAAAGAAGACAAAAUUGUUGAAUGGUUAUGAUUUGACAAGUGUUGCAACUGUAUUUCUGGCCAAGUGCAUUAUUAGUUAAUGUGAUUUUGUGUAAAAGCACCUAACAUGAACAGUUACUAAA